AUGUCUUCGUUGGACAAUACCGAUCCUCCACCCAAGCGCCGCAAAACCCCGGUGUCACUUCCCGAUCCCUCGGUUGAACAGAAACUCGAAAAGCGGCGGCAAAACGUGAAGGCAUUGGAAGAUAGUAUCCAGAAUCUGCAAAGCACGAUGGAGUGGCGAUUCUAUCGAUUCAACGUCAAACAUAUCCAAGAUGCUCACACCAAAGAAUACCACCUGAUCGAAGCUAUGAACGCCGAGACCGCAACUCCAGGCUCUAAAGGUGAAAAAGCUCUGAUGACCAGGGUUGAAGAUGCAGUACGUGAAACUUCAGACCUCAUCGAUCUUGCUGUGAGGAACUCCAAGCGCCUAGAGAAGCUGAUGGAACGGGUGAAAAGAGACCUUAAGCUAGUGAUUGAGGCUGCAGACGAGUAG